AUGCCUGGGACUGGGGGGGGCCCUGCUGCACUAGGCAUGGGCACCGCGCACAGACCCAUUCCAGCAGCACCAGCAGCCAUGGCAGCAGGCGCAGCAGGCGCAGCAGAACCUGGGACGGCGCUAUUGUCUGCCAGACAGGCGUAUCCCAGGUCUCCCUCAGGCCAGGUGAUUCCUCAGGUGAAUAUUCAGGUGCCAUCACCAGUGGGACCUUCCCCACGUGGCCCCUCCCCCCGCGGCGCGUUCCUGAGUGGGCCUGCCUCGCCCUCUAUGCUCUACUCCUCGCCACAUGUAUCUUCCCUGGAUAAGCCCUCCCCUCGCAGUAGGCUGGGUGAUACCCGAGGGAGGCAGCAGCAGCAGGCUUGGGAGAACGGUGGGGGGUUGGGAGGAGUGCGAGUGGUGGAAGAAGAGGAGGAGGAAGGGGAGGAGCACGGGGAGGAGGACGCGGAAGAGGAAGGGGAGGAGGAAGAAGAGGGGGAACGGGAAGAGGAAGGGGAAGAGGACGAGGGGUUCGAAUGCAUUGAUGAGGAAGGGGUGGGUGAGUACCGGGCGGUUGCCGGGGGGGUGGGAGUGGGAGUGGGAGUGCGAGGGCUAGCAAAGGACCUCUCUAUUCAGAGUCAUGAGUCAGACGAGACUGCAGUGGUGGCUCUGCCUUUGCUCUCUCCCAGCGAGCUUCUGCAUGCUCCCUCCACGCUGCCUCAUCUAUAUGGGGCGUCCCAGAAAUCGCCCCGAGCUUUUAUGCGCGCUCCCGCUCAGCCGUUGCCGGUUUCGGGGCAGAUGCCUAAGGACGUGAAGAAGAAACUCAAGAAGGGCAAUUCUGGGAAGGAAAAGGGAAAAAGAAAAUUGGGAAAAAAGAAGGAUAAAGUUGGUGCCAGAGACGAGUGUGUUUUUGAGAAUUCUCAUAAACACCCUGGAGGAGUAGAAGACGAAGGAGCCAGAGACGAGGUCAGAGGCAGUAGGCGGGUUGUCUUGAGUGAGCGGAAUAUGGCAAAAGGAGGAGAGUGGGAGGAGGAAGAGCAGGAGGAGGAGGAGGAGGAAAAGAUGGGUGGGAAUGGCGAGUAUGAGCAGGAGGAGGCUGGGGAGGAGGAGGGGAGAGAUGAAGGGGUAGCAGAGUACCCUAGGGGGGUGGGUAGAUGGAAGGACUCCUGGAAAGAAAUAGAGGACGAGGAGGAGGAAGACGGCGGAGAGGAAACGGGAGGCAAAAGGUCAGGUGGUUCUGAGGGACUGGUGAGCAAGGAGGGUGGUGGUGAACACAGUAGGGGCAACAGGGAGGUUGAGUCGUGGAGAGAAGAGGUGGCAGAUGGGAAGGAAGCGAAGGAGGGGGAUGUGCCUUGGGAAGCAGAAGAGGAAGGGGAAAGGGAAGGGGAAGGAGAAGGGGAAGGGGUAGGGGAAGGAGAAGGAGAAGGGGAGGGGGAAGGGCAAGGAGAACAGGAGAUGCAGAUUCACGAAAUGGAGAGGGGGAAGGAACGUGAAGGAGGGCCAAGAGGGGGGGUUCAUGUGUGGAGAGAGAGAGAAGGAAAGUUACGGGCGGAGGAAAGGAAAGAGGAGGUGGGGGGAAGUGAGAAACGGCAAGUUUUGGUGGCUGGUGGAGGUGUGAUGAGGGGAGAGAGUGCUGAUACGAUGGACCAUGCAUGGGCGGGGAUGGCCGAAGAGGAGGAUGAGAGAAGGGACGAUGAGGAGGAGGAAGGCGAGGAGGAGGAGGAGGAGGAGGAUGAGGGGGAGGAGGAGGAAGGGGAGGCGGAGGAAGGGGAGGAGGAGGAAAGGGAGGAGGAGGAGGAAGAAGAGGAACAAGGGGAAGAGCAAGUGGAGGGGAAGAGGGUAGUAAGGGAGGAGGACGAAGGGGUGGAGGAGCAGGGGGAAGAGGAGAUGGUGGUAAGCAACUUGGAAGGGGAGGAGGAGGAGGGGGAGGAUGAGAAGAUAAGGGAGGAGGAUAGCUGGUGCAGAGGAGAAGGUGGUGGGGAGGGUACAUGGAAGGCGAAGAAUGGAGUGGUGGUGGUGGAUGGUGAGGGAGAGUGCGGAUGCGAAGGGCAUGGAGAGGUGUAUGAAGAGGGGAGGUUUGGGAGCAAGGCGAAAGGAGGGGAGGACAGGCAUGGUUUUGAUGCAGUUAGUGAUGAUGAUGAUGAUGAUGAUGAUGAUGAUGAUGAUGAUGAUGAUGAUGAUGAUGAUGAUGAUGAUGAUGAUGAUGAUGAUGAUGAUGAUGAUGAUGAUGAUGAUGAUGAUGAUGAUGAUGAUGAUGAUGAUGAUGAUGAUGAUGAUGAUGAUGAUGAUGAUGAUGGUGGUGGUGAUGGUGAUGGUGAUGAGGAGGGUGGUGGGGAGGGUGGGGUGCAUGAUGGUGAUGGGCAUGGGAUUUGGCAUGGUGAUGGUGAAUUUGAGAGUCAAGUGGUGGGUCAUGAGCAGGAGGAGGUUGAUGAGGGCAGCGGGAUGGUAAUGGUGAGAGGCGAGGAGUGGAGAGAAGGAGACGCCAAGGCCCUCAGCAACCCCCAUGCACAUGCCAGCCUGGCUUCCUGCCAUGCGAGUUCCCACGCGGAUUCUCAUGAUGACAGCGAUGGGCAUUCAAGCAGACUCAUGCCUGAUGCUGAUGCUGAUGGUUAUGGUGAUGGUGGUGGUGGUGGUGGUGGGUGGGAGAAUGAUGGUGAUGGUGAUGUUAGGGGGAGUGCACACAUGGAUGAGGAUGCGGAGGGCAUGGGCCAUGACAUGAUGAGGGGAAGCACUGGGGUAAGCGGGGACAGCAGGGGCAGCAGGGACAGAGGGGAGGACAGUGGGGAAAGUGCAGGGGUGGUGAGCAGCGUUCAUCAGCCUACCUAUGCUGCGCCUGGGCCUCUACCCCUAUCUGCCGGCUCGCCUGCGAUCCACUCUCGCCACUCCGCUGCCCACUUGGUGCCGUCUCUUCAAGCCCUCUGGCUGCCGUGGCACCGCUGCCUAUUGGACGUGGCAGGCAUCGGUCUGCUCACCGUGUGCUGCUCCUCCUCCCCAUCCUCCCCCUCCUCUCCUUCCUCCUCCGCAACCCCCCGCAUCGGGCGCUGCAACACUGCUCUCCUCCGCAUGCUUGGAUCGGCCGCUCGCCCUCCUCCCUCCCCGGCUGCACUGCUCUUCCCCCAGGCCAGUCACUCCGCUGCUUCUGCGGCUGCUGCGGCAGAUGUGGCAGCAGCAGGGGCGGAGCGUGGGUUGGUGCAUCAGCUGGAGGCGGGAUUGUCGGCAGAGUAUGAGGCGCUGCCGCUGGUCACUCUGCUGCACCCACGGCACCGAGAGGAAACAUGGCCUGCUCUUAUGGCGCUGAUUCUCACAGCCAUGGACCUGUGCAGCGUUGGGUCAAGCAAGCAGGAGCAAGCGCCAGUGGAGCAGGUUCUGGGAGAGCCCCUGCUCGCGUCCUUACAGGAUGCCCAUGGCUACGAGGUGCAUGUGGCUGUCUCCGUGCUCCCAGGGCCUCCAGGAAUGGGGAAUGAGGAGGAGGAAGAGGAGGAAGAGGAAGAGGAGGGGAGUGAUGGUGAUUGCGAGGAUGGGAGUGAUGUGGGAUGGAAAACGAGCUUUGGUGGUCGUGGGGCACGUGGGAGGGGGUCUGGUGGUGGUGGUAGUGGGACAGUGGUUCUUGUUGUGCAAAACCUUCAACUGGCUGACAUGAUGUCUUGA